GGAGUUAUUAAUAGCGAUGCGAUACGCGAGAAGCGCGAGCUGGCUGCUCGGACGGGCGUCGACGAAAUCGGAUACGCGGUCGGUUCACGUAUCUUGCGCGCGAGUUUGCCGCCGUCGUCGCCGCCGCCGCCAACGCCGACGCUGCGCAACAGACAUCUCCGAUUGCCGGGUGUCCGCUUCGCCUUUCCAGCUUCCGAUUGCACCGAUGCCAGUGUUAAAUAUUAUAUUAAAUUCAACAACAACUUACAAAAUUCAAUCACGUCAAUUUCCAAAUCACUCCAGCGUCAGAUUUACGCAUCAUUUUCAUAAGAAAUUUUUAUUUAUUCAACUACAUGUGAACAUGUAUCAAUUACUUUUGAUUUUCUCGUUUAUACGCGGAUACCUUAUCCGAGAUAGUAUCGCGCGACGUAUCCGAUAUCACAAAUGAAACGAGAUGCUCACUUUACACACAGCGCAGCGCGCACACCACGAAUUAUUUUACAUAAAGUCAAAACGUUCGCAAUUUUUUGACGUGAUAACGUCUUUAAAAUCGUUUUACGGGUGACCGGUUCAGAAACUGUCGCGAGGCCUCACGAGGCCGAUCGCAGGUAUACCCCCCUCUCGUUAUAACCUUAGGCUCCCCGCACACUACAAACUUUUUAUCGGCCGAUUUUUUGAUCGGGUUGGGCUGUGAGCGCGCACACUACGCCAACUAAACAGUUGGGUUUGUGGUGAGUGCGCACACUAGACAACAGUCGGCCGACUGCACCAAUACUCUGAGCGAACUAAAUUGAUCAAGUCGGCCGACUAAACAAUCGGUAGGUGUGCGCGCUUGCGACGAGCUCCAUACUGAUAUCGCAGUCGGCCGAUAGUUGGCCUGGUUGGCCGAUAGUUUAGUUUGAACGCAGUUGGGUAGCCCAUCAAACUUGUUUAUCGGCCGAUACAAAAUCGUUGUAGUAUGCGGACUUGCAUACAUCUUCAUACUGAUUAUAAGCCCGACCAAACUAUCGGCCGAUAAAAAGUUUGUAGUGUGCGGGGAGCCUUAGUUUUCGUUGAAUGUUUAACAGUAAAACAAAAUGUGAAGUGCAAGUGAAGUGUUACAACAAUUGCAACAAACAAAACUUAUAUCACCAAUAAGACGUUAUCACGUAAACAACUCGAUCGAAUACGCCGAAACAGCCAUGAACGAGCUGCUCGGAUGGUAUGGCUACUCAAACAACAAUAACAAGCUCAUCAAUAAAAUGCUGCAGAUGAAUUCCAAGACCGAUGAGCAUGAUAAGACUGAUAAGCCACAACAGGUGGAAAUGCGGCGAUCUUCCGGUAAUAGUUCCGAGACAGACUCACCGAAAUCUGCUGAAAUGUGUGGAUGGUGUGGCAAGACUGUCGAGGACCCACCGGGCCUCUCAUCGAACGAUGCUGUCUUCUGUUCGGAGCUGUGCUUCUCGCAAUCACGCCGGGCGAACUUCAAGAAGAAUAAAACUUGUGAUUGGUGCAAACAUGUGAGGCAUACUGUGUCCUACGUUGAUUUUCAGGAUGGAGCUUCCCAACUGCAGUUCUGUUCGGAUAAAUGUCUAAAUCAGUAUAAGAUGCAUAUAUUCUGUCGUGAAACCAGGGCGCAUUUAGAAAUGAACCCGCAUUUGCUUAACGACGACACCUCUUCGGGUCUGAUCACUCCGGACCUCUGGAUGCGUAAUUGUCGUUCACCUGGUUCAAGAACUUCCUCACCGCAACCUGUUAUGCAUGUGGAUGAACCCCAAACAAGCCCUUUACCUUUGAUCACUGUUGCUCAUCCUUCAAAGUUAUUGGUCCCUGAGAAGACACCUCCACCUUUGAAACGCAAACGUACCAAAAAACGUGCUGGUCUACCCCCAAAUAAAACCAGUGAUGUCGCGCAGGAUUUACGUGUGCGUCGACAUCACACCUUCACUGAAACAAACACAAACCGAGAUUUUCCUGAAUUGGCCGCUAGACUCUGCGCAAAUGGUCCUGAACCACGUGAGCAGACCAUACCAGUUAAUAUCACAACAGUCCCACCUCCUCCUCCGCCAUUUCCACAUCAAAGACCAUUUUUACCUGCUAUGGGAGUACCACGUGCAGGGAUAUUACCUCCUGUUACUGUAAUGGUACCCUAUCCAGUUCUACUUCCGGUUCCGGUACCCAUACCAAUUCCAUUGCCGUUCAGCGCAUUCCUACAAGCAGCCAAUCUACGAAAUACUCCUCUGACACAAAAUGGCGCUCCACCAAGCGUUGAAGAAAGUGUCAAACACAGCGACGAUGAAGAAAUCGUCGUUGAUGAUGAUUCCAGACUGAAUACACAAUCUACAAGUGGUGAUCCAGUGGACACACCGCAAAACUCACCGCUGCGUUUACGAAAACGUAAAUCCAGCGAGAAUCCAAGCUACAAACAUAAGAAAUCCUUGUCGGUGUAGAUAGUACAUUUCCAUGUGUGUUUAUUUAUUGAUGUAUGGUGCUGGUAUUUGAUUUGUAUUUUAAUAAAACUAACAAUACAUGAA